CCAAAAACCCAACUUACCGUCGGUUACGCCUGUCCUCCGGCAACCGGUUACGCUUCUCCUCAACCAACGCCAUCCCACGAUCUUAAGUCAUCAAUUUGCCAAAGAUGAGUGGAAUCGGUUAGGAUCACAAAGGUAUCUCCUUCUUCUUCACUCCGCUACACAAAACCCUAGCUCUACCUUGAAUGUUCUCUCUUAAUUCAACCCCAAACAUUAGCGUUAUUAAUAAUGGGGGAAACCGGCUCCGGAAAGUCUCGCUUGUCUAUCGACCUCGCCUCUCACUUUGCCGGCGUCGAGGUCAUCAACGCCGACUCGAUGCAAGUCUACCAAGGCCUCGACGUCCUCACCAACAAAGUUCCUUUUUUGGAGCGUGACAAUAUAUAUUUCCCUUUCAUAAAGAGAAAAAGGAAGAAGGAGAUCAAGAUCGAGAGAGCAUCAAUGAUUUCUUCAGAUUUGAAUUCCUCUUCCUUCUACAAUAUCUGCUGCUAUGCCCCUGGAGUUGCUGGUAAUCUUUUUUUGCUUUUGUGCUCUUCGUCUCACCAAUACCCACAUUCAGAAGAAUUGUUAUAAUUCGAUCCACCGAGCAGUUCUCAUGAUUGCCUAUGUCUAUGCUCUCUUGAACACCUUGAUUUGCUUAUGGUAUGGGAUUCCUUGUGUUUCCAAUGGUGUGCUCUUGGUUCUGACCGUGAAUUCGAUUUGGGCUGUUUUCCAAUUAGUUUAUGUGACCAUUUUCAUUUUAUUUACCGAUUAUAUAAAAAAGGUACUAUUCUAUCU